UUUUCUUUCGCUGAGCAAAGAGAACGAGAGAGUAAUUGAGAGCGAUAAAGACGGAGAGUGAGAGAACACGCUUGCUUGCUGAAUACGUAUACAACUGUAUUGAAAGUGCCGCUCUGCUGAAUAACGUGGCUGGGAGAGCGUCACAGUGAACGCGUCUCGCUCAGCCAACAUAAAAAUAAUAGAGCUGCUCUCUUCACGCGUAGCUGUUGUUGUCAUACGAGACAAUUCGAAAUAAAGUGCAAAAAGAAACAUAAAAGCUCUCUAAGGGCUUCAAAAAAGAAAUAAAACGAAAGGGAGGCGCAAAAGUGAACGCAUUAAAAUAAAAUAAAAUAGUUGGGAAUUUUGUGUGAAACAAAGGUCAGAAAGGCAAAACAACAAUUGCUAAGGCACUCGCCCAGUGUGCAAUACAGAAACAUUGCAUAGUAAGAGAGACGAGGAAAGAUAUAAAGUACUUGCAUUUGUAUGUGUGCAUAUCAUACGACUAGACUGAAAGAACAUUGCGGUACUUACAAAGCGAAAGAACGACAGCAGCGCACAGUGUGUAACGUUUAGCCCGCAUUAGUCCACUUCAAUAAUGAAAACUGAAGCCGGCAGCAAUAAUAUCAAUAAUAAUAAUAACAAUAACAAUAAUAGCUCAAGCAAAAUGGAUUUCGAUUUGUAUCCAACUAUUUCGGGCAAACAACAGGAUCCCGUUAGGGAAGUGGUUAUGAAAUACAUCGAUUACUUUCUACCAGAGUCCGAUGCAUCUGGAACAAGCGCAGUUGCGAUUGACAACAAAAUCGAACAGGCUAUGGACUUGGUCAAGUCGCACCUGAUGAUAGCGGUGCGCGAGGAGGUGGAGGUAUUGAAAGAGCGCAUCUCCGAGCUGAUGGACAAGAUCUCCAAUUUGGAGCUGGAGAAUAACAUACUCAAGUCAAAUAUGUCCCCGGAGACCUUGCAGCAGUUGCAGAUGCAGCUACAAAUUGCUGGUAGUCAGCAGCCGGCAGCGGUCGCAGCGCCGCCAGCAACGCCCGCCAUACAGGCAGCGCCGCCGGCAGCAACAGCAGCCGUUGCAGUGACAGCAGUGACGCCGGCGUCGGCAGCGGCCACCAGCCCAGCGGCGUCAACAGCGCCGUCCACAAUCAUCGCCAAUGGCAGCGGCACAGAGAACGGAAGCAGCAGCAACAGCAACAGCGGCAGCGGCAUCGACGCAGCCAUCACAACAGUCGUCGAAGCAGCACAGCCAGCGACCAACGGCGGCAGCGGCGUCGCAGCCAUCAGCACAAAUGGACCGAUGUCCUAAGCUGUUUGUUAGUUUGUUUUAAUCGUAAUUUUAUUAUUGUGGCCCACUGUCCAGGGGCACUGGAAUGUCGAAGUAAUAAUACAACAAAAAACUUUGUCGCCCGAGACGAAGUUAAACGUUAGCAGCCCCCGCCCCCCUUCCAGCAGUAGCAGCAACAGCAGCAGUUACAGCAGCAGCAACAACAGCAACACCACCAACAACAACAAAAGCAGACCAAAAACCAAAAGUAUUACAAACAAAAGCUCAAAACAAAUAGAGAGCAGAGUGAGCAAAUGCAAGUGAGUAACAAAAAGAGAGAGAAGAGCAAGAGGAGAAGCUCUGCUGUUAACGUUUUGUGCUGUUAGCUGCGACUGCGACUGCGGCUGCUGGUAGCGCUGCUGCAGCCGCCAUUUUGUUAAUUUCUCGAUUGUGAUAUUUGUUUAACACACAUACCUUCACACAAAA